CGGAGGAGUCGGUAAUCCGUGACGGUGUCUUCGGCGGCUUCCUCCGCUCCCGACGCCUUUGGGGCGGCCCUGAAGUUUCGGAUGUUGCAUUUAUUGCCUUCCCAGCCUGAGAUAUCUUCCCGUCAAUGGCCUGGAAGGUGAAGCGCUGCUGUGAGCGCGUUUAGCGGCUACUGCAUCCCUUUUCUGCGGCUUCGUCCUGGAAGCAUGGGGGCCGGAGCGCUGACUAUCUGUCACAACAGGGCGGCCGUGCAGAUCAGGGAGGAUGUGAAGAAGAUGGUGCAGCUGCCCAUGUUGAAGCAGAGGCCCUCCGGUGCAGGGAGAAGGCUGUUCGGCGUGCCCUUGCUGGAACUCAGAGAGCCGGGCCUGGGGGCUGGCGGCGUGCCCCUGGUCCUCAGCAGCAUGGUGGAGUUCCUCCGGGAGCACGCUCUGCAGCAGGAGGGUCUGUUCCGGGUCAACGGGAAUGUGCGGAUGGUGGAGUGCCUCCGGCAGCGGAUGGAGAGUGGGGAGGAGGUGGACCUCCUCCAGGAGGCAGACGCGUGCACGGUGGCCAGCCUGCUGAAGCAGUUCCUGAGGGAGCUGCCAGGGGGCGUCGUCACCAGCGGCAUCCAGGCGGAGCUCCUGCAGCUGUACCGGGAGUGCGGCGAGGAGCAGUUUGGCCACGCCCUCCGACUCCGCCUCCACCAGCUGCCCGGGGUCCACUACAGCCUGCUGAGGUACCUGUGCCUCUUCCUGGCCCAGGUGGCCGAGCACCAUGAGCAGAACCGCAUGACGGCCCUCAACCUGGCCACCGUCUUCGGGCCCAACGUCUUCCACGUCCCUCCAGGCUUCGAUGGAAUGAAGGACCAGACCGUCUGCAACAAAAUCAUGGCCCUUCUGAUCCAGGGCCACCAGAACGUCUUUGAGAGUGACGUCAUGAGCCCCAAAGACCCUGCCGGGGGGCUUUCUGCAGUCAUCAAGGUUAAGCCCCUCCCCCAGGAGGUCCCGGAAAGCCCACUCCCAGACGAUAUCCCGUCCCGCCAGCCUGCUAAGGACGUGCCGAUCCCGGCCCCUCGGAAGAAGGGUGUGCAGAGCAGUUUGUCAGACAGUGAUUCGCCGAGGGAGCUGACUGGCGAAAGCGGCGCGUCUCCCCCCAGGAAGAAGAAGGUGAAGAAGAUGAGCAGCGACGGAAGGACCUGGACCGUGCCCCAGCCGGACCUCUCCAGUGGUCUCCCACAGAUCCGGCCUCUGCCCCCCGUCCAGACCCGGGACACGGAGUUGUCAAACAGCGACGUCACCGCCGGCAGUGCGGACUCUUUCAGCAGGUUUGUGGUUCCCAUGGAGCCGCCAGUCGUCAUCAACAGCAAGCCCCUUACCUUACUCAGCGCUGCAUGUUCUGUGGUUGGCCAGAAGGGGGAACAGGGAGCCAGUGGAGCGAGGAUCUGGUUUUGUUACUGCACUGUGAUCGCAGGGGAGUGGACUCGUUUCGGGGAUAUAGAAUGCGACGAGCACACAUGCGUACCCCCGGCCAGAAGGGACCUGCCGUCCCGCUCGCUCAUAUCGGCGGAACCAGGGCUAGCUGGGGUGGCUUGUGAGCCCAGAAUGACCACCAGUGUUUUUCCCUCCGUUAAACUAUUUCCCUGCCCCCCUGUCUUCCAGGAGGAGGAGGACGGGUCUGAGGAAGAUGGCGAAGCCAAGAACCAGCUUUCGGUCACAGCCAAACCGGACUUCAGCAUGCUUGGGUUCCUGGAGCACCUAGAAGAGGAGGCUGAUGGCUUCGUUUCCCCCGUGGAUGAGCUGUCUCCCUCCAAGGGCAGCGCUGACAUGCGUCUCUCCAACCUUCACUCUGCCACCAUGCAGGAGCUCAUGGAGCAGCUGCAGGAGGCACGGGAGGAGAAGAAGCGUCUGCGCAAGAACCUCCGGGAUUUUGAAGAUCAGUUUUUCCGGCAAAAUGGAAGAAGCGUCCAGAAGGAAGACCGCUCCCCUCUGGCUGAGGAGUACAGUGAGUACAAGCACGUGAAGGCCAAGCUCAAGCUCCUUGAGGUUCUCAUCAGCAAAAGAGACUCCGGCAAGGUGAUCUAGGAUGACGAGCAGAAGACUGCAGUCACAGACACAAGUACACUGUAGCCAUAAGCUCAUAAGCUCAAGACAGGGACUUCACACUUCCCACGUGGAUCCAGCGGCCUCUGGGGCUCCCCCCCCCCCAGAACCAAGGAAUGAGCAGGAAGCAUGGACCAUGUUUCUCAAGGCGAGGCAGCCAGCAUGUUCCUGUCCAACAGGACUUUGGAGAUUUUUAAUCCUGAGACGUAUCCAGAUAUUUUCUGAAGGAAUCGCUAAUCAUUUUGAUAACACUGCUUAAGAAAAAUGUAUUUUAUAACUCAUUUAUUUAUUAUAUACACCCUACAUUUGAUUAUUGGUAUAAGGUACCAAGCUGUGGGGAGGAUUUUAAUCAUAUUUUUUCUGCAGUGAUGAUGGGGCAGGGGGUUACCUUAAAACACCUGUGGAUUAGUGUUAAGAGCGUUGAGAAUCAAAUUCCGGACUGAAUUUUCAGGUGAAGACGACACAGGGAGGGUGUCAUGUGUCAGGCCUUUCAAUGUUAAGGACAGAAUGGGCAGGCAGUCUCAGUGCGCUGAGCUUGUCUGACUAUACGUCUGCUGCUGUUAACGGCUUGCCCUUGUCAAGCCGGACAAACCAGCAUUUCUGCACCGUGUGUUAUUUUGCCAGUUACUCUUGGAUAUGGGACAGAAUUUUGUGUUUGCGUGCAGGUGUUUUGUGCGUGCGUACAGAACCCAAGUAGCUAUGUCCUCUACCCAGAUUUCAGUCCUUAUCUACUGCCAUAUUGUCCCAGCUGUACGUUAAGCACGAGUUACUGCAAUGCUGGGAAAAAAAACGCAGCCCUUUUCACUUAUUUAUUCAUGUCUGUUUUAUCUGCCUGAUUAUGCAAAGAAAUGUUGAGGAAAAGAGGAUCAUUUGUAAGGUACGAUUACAGCUGUAGCUUCUUGCUGUUACCAGCCAAAGACAACGAAGUGGCUCCUCCUAAAACAAGGCAAAUGUGCUGAUUUGUCGUGAGCCCCUUGACCUGUACCGCUGAUGUCCAGCUCAUGCCGAUGCUGUUUAAAUCUGUGCUGUUACUGGUGUUCUACAGUUGACACAGAAUCCUUGCUGCAGAGGUUGUGUGCACAGUGAUUGUAUACUAUAGACACAAUACUUGUGCCCCGCCCCCCCCUUUCGUCUUCCUCCUGCUGAACUAUAAUCCUGUCUGGGCCUUUCCAGUGGCCUCCAUGGUUCUGAAGUGCACUGCUAAGGGCACUGCUAAGGGCACUGCAGCUGGCUUCCCCUGUCUCAUCAGGGCAAGGACUUUUCUUCCCCCAAUGAUGGAAAAUAACAGUGGGACCUUUUUCUGAAAGCGAACACUGGUGGAAUGAAUAUGGGUGUGUACAUUUUAGUACAUAAUUGUAUUUGUAUUUUGUACAUAUUAUAUAAAGAACCUAUUUUUACUUGA